CUUCAUACAGGCUGAAAUAAAUGCUCUUUAUGCACAUCUGUUAGUUGGUAACUCUCCGUGUCAUGGUUUCAACAAAGUGCCUGGAAACACUGGUGGCUUUUACCAUAUUGUUUGUCGACAUGGUGUUACUGUUGCUUCUAAGUUUCUGUUGUUGCAAGAGUCUGUUAGAGAUGCUGCAGAUUUAUAUCUGUCACUACGUUACCCUCCUCCUAUGUUCAUAUGUGAUACACCUUGUGGAUUUGCACGGCAUAUGGAUAUUAGAGAUCCUGUUGUAACAAAAAUGCUGUGGGCAGACAGAGCUGGUUGCUUUGAAAUACCAGAAAUUGGAAAAARUCCAUCUCAGGUUAGUGUUCCUGACAUAGUUCCACUAGAGUAUAGAGCAGAAAAUGUGACUUUACCAAAACCAGAAGACAUAUUGAAAUGGGAACAUCCCAUUACAGGUAACACAGAUCGAUAUGUAAUG